GACAAACGCGAGUGGUUUAGAAGUGACAAACAAGCACGACAUCGCUGCUUACAAUUUUUAGAUCGUCUCUUGGCCCCAAGCACAACUCAGCAAGGUUCCAGGUUCCACGGUUUCACCCAGCCGUCGGGGGAUAGGCCAUUGAUUACUUGAAGCUGCGCGAGCCCGUGUUCACUCUCACACGCUGCCCGCUUGCCGACAGAAGCUCACCUCUCCAGCUUGUGGAAACUCACUCAUUGUUGCUCAUUUUUCACCUUAAUGGUCAUAGCCUGACAAACCCCGCUUCGACAGCACAUUCAUCAUGGUCCGAUUCACAGAUCUUUCCAUUCACGCUCUGGCAGCUUGUCUCAUGAGUUCCGCGCAAGCACGCGUCGACCACGUUGCAAACGGCCUUAACGCACGUCAAACAGACAUGGCUGCCGCCUACUCUCUCCCACCGCUAGGCUACGCCUAUGACGCCCUCGAGCCAUACUUCGACAAGGAGACGAUGGAGAUUCACUACACCAAGCACCACCAAACCUACGUCAACAACCUCAACAACCUGCUCAAGGACAACGAGCUCUCCACCCUCGCAGUCGACGAUCUGGUCAUCAGACUCGCCGAAGUCCAAGACCAGAUCCCAUCAGUCAACCGCACCGGUGUCCGCAACAACGCCGGCGGCCACUCCAACCACAGCUUCUUCUGGAAGCAACUCAAGCUCAACACCACCCUCGAAGGCGACCUCAAGGAGGCAAUCGACAAGAACUUCGGCAGCUUCGAGGAGUUCCAGAAGCAAUUCGAGAAGGCCGCCACAAGCGUUUUCGGCUCUGGCUGGGCUUGGUUGGUGCACCAGGAGGACGGCACGCUCAAGGUUGUGUCUACCGCAAACCAGGACUCACCAUUGAUGGGCAAGCAAAUCGCAGGCGCUGAGGGAACUCCGAUCAUUGGCCUCGAUGUCUGGGAGCACGCUUACUACCUCAAGUACCAGAACCGCCGCCCAGACUACAUCAAGGCGUACUGGAGCGUGGUCAACUGGGAGUUUGCUGGCCAGCGCUACUCUGAGGUGAAGAAGUGUUAGAUGCGGGCAGGCGAUUCCCCACACCACUUUUCUUGUAUGUUCUUGGACAGUAAUUUUGCGUCCAUGGUCUGACUCGAUGAGUUGGCAACAUAGCGGCAUCAGUUUGGAAUAAAUCAAAACUGCACAUACCAAGGUCAACCUUUGGGCUUGCCGAAGAUCUUACUGCCAAUCGUGGACACUUUCUUCACGUCCCGAUAUGUCAGACUGAUCCUCGUUGUUCGCGUAUUCUUGCCUUCAUUCUCUUCCAGCACGCUCCGAUCACCCAGUAAUUCCCAAUUCGCCACCGUUUGCGCAUUCAGGUUCUCAUCUUCUGUGACUUCUGCGAUUCCGUGCAAUGUCUCCACAUACGCUUCACCAGUCGUGACGAGAAGCGAACGCGGUUCUUGGAAGAUCCGCCAGGACUGAACUCCUUCAUUGGCUCCAUCUGCAUCACCAGUUCCAGUCUCCUCGCCCUUUCCACUCUUUGCCUUGACAUCCAACACCAAACUCCCACCCAGACUCACUGUCGCCACAACAGGCCAGUAUGCCGGCCCGUCUUCAU